CCAGAGCCUGCCUGGAGCGCGCACUCAGCGGCUCUCCGGUCUCCGCGUCCCAGCCGUGGCCCGCGCCCCGCACCUCCUCCUCCUCGGGUCUGGGCACCCCUUGUCCCCUCCCUCCGGCGCCCGCUAGGUUCGGGCAGCGGCCGCCCCCAGCCCCUACUCGGCCACCUCCCCGACUCUCUGGGCUCCCUCCUGGGACGCGCGCCCUCGCCCCAUCCUUUCUUCCUUCCUUCCUUCCUUCCUUCCCUCGCGCCCGCCCUCCCUCUCCAGGUCUCCCUCCCGGGUCCCGAUUGUCUCCGUCCCCUUCCCAGUCGGCCCGCGCCUCGCCCUGCCUCGUCUCUCCCUCGCACUUCCUGGGUCGCCCGCCGCCGCAGUCUCGCUCCGCCGCGGGAGCCCGAGCCGCCGCGGCCCCGGCUCCAGCGCCCGCAGCCCGCGGCGCCCGCCCGAGGGAGCCCCGGCGCCCGGGGAAGGGAAAAGUGGGCGAGCGCGCCCUCGCCCAGCCCCGCGCCCCAGCCCUGCCCGGCGAGGAAGGACCGGGAAGAUGAACAACGGCGGCAAAGCCGAGAAGGAGAACAGCCCGAACGAGGCCAACCUUCAGGAGGAAGAGGUCCGGACCCUGUUUGUCAGUGGUCUCCCUCUGGAUAUCAAACCUCGGGAGCUCUAUCUGCUUUUCAGACCAUUUAAGGGCUACGAGGGUUCUCUUAUAAAGCUCACAUCUAAGCAGCCCGUAGGUUUUGUCAGUUUUGACAGUCGUUCAGAAGCAGAAGCUGCAAAGAAUGCUUUGAAUGUCUUUGGCAAGAUGAUACUAAAGUUUUCUAAGGGCAUCCGCUUCGAUCCUGAAAUUCCGCAAACACUACGACUAGAGUUUGCUAAGGCAAACACGAAGAUGGCCAAGAACAAACUAGUAGGGACUCCAAACCCCAGUACUCCUCUGCCCAACACUGUACCUCAGUUCAUUGCCAGAGAGCCAUAUGAGCUCACAGUGCCUGCACUUUACCCCAGUAGCCCUGAAGUGUGGGCCCCGUACCCUCUGUACCCAGCGGAGUUAGCGCCUGCUCUACCUCCUCCUGCUUUCACCUAUCCCGCUUCACUGCAUGCCCAGCGCAUGGAGAACUCUUCCUAAAAGCAGGAAAGCCUGGUUUCUGAAGAGCUUUGGCCUAGACAGACAGGUGAGGGUUUUGUUUGGUUCAUGUUUGUUUACAAGGCUGGAUGAAAUACCCAGCUUCCCAGAAUACUCUUCCUUCUGACUGACAGCUCUUUCAUGUUGUACAGAAUUCACCAUGUUGUGUAAAACACGCACAAGCAGUCCCCCAGCUGACGUCCUCACAGGCCGCGGGGUCAGGAGCGUUGCUGGUGCAUAUGCGUCCAUUCUCUUCCAGCGGGUCACUGGUGCUUCGUGCCCGUGCUGACCACCCAGCUGCCCAGGCCCGUGCAGGCAGACUACACAGAGAGGGCCUUGGAGCCUGGGCUCCCGGUGUGAUGACCCUCGGCGUGGGGAGGAGGACGUAGAAAGCAGUACCAGUAGUGAAAGAAAAGUAGAUGGUGGCGGUGGGAGCACUGGGCACAGAGCAUCACUUCUGGUAGCAGCACAGUCCUAAGACUGUUGACCCAGGUUCCAGAUCUGCUGUGCCCUCUCCCGUCCCCUCCGCUUCCCGCCGCUGCUUUCCACCUUUGUCCGUGUCAGUGCUUGGUCUCCUGGCAGGUAGCAGGGGAGGGAGAAGGGAUAAAACCUAAACCAAUGGACAUAUCUUCUGAGUUCUUGAAAUCAUCUUAGUGGCCUCGGGGAGAACUUUGUCGAUGACGGGAAGCGACUCCUGCCCCCACUAUCCGUGGAUAUGUCUUUGUUCCUCUUGCUAGACUGCUUAAAUACAGACUGACAGUUGAGGCAAAUGUUAAUAAUACUGUGAAACAGUGCCAAGUUUGUAGAGUCAUCUGAAUAUUGAUGACUCUGGUUAAUCAGCAGCAAAGCCUUUCACCAUUACCGUGGAAAGGGAACAAUUGACAUUGGCCAAAAAGGACUGGGAAUGGUAGCUUUUGGGCCAUAACAUCUGGGUAACUUGCCCUUUAUAUAAUGGAUGAAAUCCAAAGUAUAUCCGGGGAUGUGGGAGAAGGAACUAAAGAAUCUUAAGAGAUUAGAAAGCCCACGGCAUUUUGAGAAAGGUUAGGGAAAGACAGUGCUAAGAUUCAGUGACUCAACCAUUUGACUUAAUGGGAUGUAUUGCUCAUGGUGGCAUCUUCCCCUGUGAGUUCUUCCUUGAUCUCAAGACUUUGCCAGCCUGGAAUCCACUUGGCUCUGCCACGUCGGUCCUAGAGUGGAACUCUCAUCCGAUACCAGUAAGAUCCAUAUACUCAACCCCACAACUUGUGGUUUGAAGUCAUUCCCAGUGAAGCUUGGCUUCUGUAUCCUAAAGACUUGUGAACAGAUGUGGUUAUUUAAAUUUCUUUGUCCAAUAUGAGAAUCAUAGAAUGAACCCGGUAGGGGCUUGAUCGAUCAGCAGGUCUGGCCCAUUUGACAGUUGAGGAAACCAACUGGAGAAGAUGGAAAGAGUUCUCCAGAGCCGCGAAUGGCCCUGCCAUGACUAGAGCCAGGUCACCUGACUCCCAGGCUUGCUCUUUCCACGCCUCAGUGCUGGCUCACCAAAGGCUUAACUCUGAUGGAAUUUUGGAAAGGCCUCACUCCAGUGACUCCUUGGAUCUUUCUUCUCUAAGUAGAUGAGAAGCCUGUAAGAAGAGACUUGGAGGCAAAGACAAGGGAAUCAGAACUUAACCUUCCUUCACCAGAAGGGCCUGAGAGAACUUUUAUUAACUGGAGGUAGAGCAGUGGGGAAGACCAAAUGGAGCAGUCCCCUUAGUGGAUGGUUCCGGUUUUGUUUGGAGAUCUUUUCUGUAUGUCUUUGGAGAAGCUUUUAUAUUAUUUUGUUUCUCAUAGCAAUGUUGUGCUCUGUUUUGAGACUUGGAUUUUUUUUUU